GCGGGUGUCAUGGGCACCUGGCUGCUCAUCUACAUGGAGUCGCUGGGGGCGUCGCACCUGCUCAUGGGCCUUAUGCUGACGGUCAACUGCGUCGCCGAGGUCCCUGUUUUCCACUUCCAGGAGAGCCUCACAUCUCGCUUUUCCACCAACAGCAUCCUGCAAGUAUCCAUUGGCACGCUGCUUGUUCGCCUGCUCAUCUACGCCCUGCUGCCAAGCCUCCCGGGCGUCCCAUGGGUCGUGCUGCCGGUGGAACUGCUGCAUGGUAUCACCUUCGCACUCUGCUGGGGAGCGUCCUGUGUGCAUUGCAAGGCCAUCGC